ACCGAGGGUGGGGACCUGAGCUACAGGUGAAGCUUUUAGUCAUCUUAGAGCUGCUUCCUGCCCAUUGCCCUCCAUACAAUUCUGAAUGAAUAAAGGCACUGAACUGGGAAUAUAGAUCUGCCAUGUCAGGGUCACUUGUUACGGGAUUCUGUCUGCUGAACAUUCUCAGCUAUGCCACUGUUACAGUUUCACAGUUUGAACCUACAGGAUUCCCGUUUACCGUGUGUUCAGGACUGAAGACUGUGGGGCAAAAAGGCGACCCUGGCCCCAUGGGGCCACCCGGGCCUCCUGGGACCCCAGGAUUAAAUGGAACGAAAGGAGAACGAGGAGACACCGGGCCAAUGGGGUUACCCGGGCAAAAAGGAGAUCCAGGAGACGCUGGGUUAUAUUCCUUGUACAAUGGAACGUCCUGCAAGGAUCUCCUUAAUCAAGGGGAAUAUCUAAGUGGCUGGAAUAUAAUAACCCCAGUAGGAAUGUCGCCCCUGAGAGUCCUGUGUGACAUGCAUACAGAUGGAGGGGGGUGGCUGGUCUUUCAAAGACGCUGGGAUGGCACCGUGUCUUUUAACGUUGACUGGAACACCUACAAGAGGGGUUUUGGGAGCGAGAUGAAUGAAUUCUGGUUGGGGAAUGAUAUUCUUUAUAAUUUAACAUCAUCAGGCACCUGGGAACUGCGCAUUGACCUCCGAGACUUUGACAACAACAUGUAUUAUGCCAAAUAUUCCUUCUUCCAAAUUCUGGGAGAGGACAAUAAUUAUACAUUACUGUUGGGCUCCUACAAUGAAGGAAAUAUAGGCGAUUCCCUGACGCCUCACAACACCGUGCCGUUUAGCACCUAUGACCGGGACAACAACUUUUUGCUUGAAAAUUGCGCUUUUGACAACCAGGGAGGUUGGUGGUACAACAACUGUUACCAAUCCAACCUGAACGGAUUGUACCGUCUGGUGCAGAACAACGAGACUGGCAUCAACUGGCUGAGCGACGGCAGGAACCACUACUCCUACAAAUCCAGUGAAAUGAAAAUACGGCGGCUGUACUAAAGUAGAGGAAUUCUAGAUAGAGAAGAAAAUUCACCUUUGUAUAAGAAGGAAAUAACCUUUAUAUAGAGAGAUGUACAUUGCAUGCCCAUUCCUUGUAUCAAAACUUUGCCCCACGUGUAAGGGACCGGGGAAGAGUCCCCAUAACAGUAUCAAUAAACAGAUUUCUGCGUUAAA